UUCUGUAGAGGAAUUAACGUCAACUGCAACAGCACACAGGCGAUAUCGAAGUGUCACUCCGUAAUCGAGUGUCUUGCCGUUUUCAGAGGAAGAGAGGAGGGUGGAACGAGUGGCGGUCACCGUGAACCCCGAUCGACGCCCGACUGGGGCCCCGGCGCGAUUAAUGGAGAACAUCUUUGGGUGCCGACGUCAGCUUCCGGUGACUUUUGCUACGUCAACGACUGCUCGAAACACGGGCCCCGGAUGAAAUGCGCAGCCUGCCGAGUGGUGGCUCACGCGGUGUGCGCGGUGAGCCUGAAUUUCGCCUGUAAGUCGGGUUUCCGGGACGUCGGUGUCCGCCAGUACCGGGAACAGACGAACACUCAUCAUCACUGGGUACAUCGGCGCUCGCAGAAAGGGAAGUGCGCCAAUUGCGGCAAGUCGUUCCAGUCGAAGCUGAGCUUCAGCUCCAAGGAGAUCGUCGCGGUGAGCUGCAGCUGGUGCAAGCUCGCCUACCACAACAAAGAGGCGUGCUUCAACGUGCAGAAGAUCGGCGAGAAUUGCGAGCUGGGUAUCCACGCGUCCAUCAUCGUGCCGCCAUCUUGGAUCGUGAAGCUGCCGCGGAAGGGCAGCUUCAAGAGCAGUUUGAGGAAAUCGCCGAGGAAGAAGAAGUCUGGGAGCGGUGCCGGCACCAGCAGGAAGAAAUCGAAGGAGAAGGAGAAGGACAAGGAGCAGGAGAAGGAUCAGGGAAGGCUGUGGGUGGUGAAGCCGAUACCAACGCCAUCGGUGAAGCCGGUGCUGGUUUUCAUUAAUCCGAAAUCGGGCGGCAAUCAGGGAGCCAAGCUUCUCCAGAAGUUUCAAUGGCUGUUGAAUCCGCGGCAGGUGUUCGAUUUGACCCAGGGUGGGCCCAAGAUGGGGCUAGAGCUGUUCAAAAAAGUUCCUAAUCUACGAGUUCUGGCAUGCGGCGGCGACGGUACGGUCGGUUGGGUGUUAUCAAUUUUGGAUCAGAUCGGCGCGUCUCCGCCACCGGCGGUGGGCGUCCUCCCCCUGGGAACUGGAAACGAUCUGGCCAGGGCUCUGGGAUGGGGUGGCGGUUACACGGACGAGCCGAUUGGAAAGAUCCUGACGAAUAUCGGCGACAGCGACACAACUCUGUUGGACAGAUGGCAGCUGGUGGUGGAGAGGAACCCCGACGCGCAGGGCGACGACGACAAUGGCAAAGGCAAAGAGAAUCUACCUCUGAACGUCGUUAAUAAUUAUUUCUCCCUCGGUGUGGAUGCUCAUAUCGCCCUUGAGUUCCACGAAGCUCGAGAGGCGCAUCCAGAGAGGUUCAAUUCGCGGUUACGGAACAAGAUGUUUUACGGCCAGAUGGGUGGUAAGGAUCUCGUGCGACGAAAGUGGAAGGAUCUCUCGGAAUUCGUCACGUUGGAUUGCGACGGCCAGGACAUGACGCCCAAGUUGAAGGAACACCGCGUUCACGCCAUUGUUUUCUUGAACAUCGCCUCGUACGGCGGUGGAACGCAUCCUUGGGGUGCUGCCAGUGGAACCAAGGAGCCAUCGACCGAAGAUGGGCUGAUCGAGGUCGUUGGUUUAACGACGUAUCAACUUCCGCUUCUUCAAGCAGGUGGACACGGCACCUGCAUCGCUCAGUGCAGCACGGCUAAGUUGGUUACCACGAGGACCAUUCCAAUGCAGGUCGAUGGCGAGGCUUGUCGGCUGUUGCCAUCCAUUAUAAAUCUGAAACUACUAAACAAAGCGACGAUGCUGGCGAAACGAAGAAACGCGAGCAAACCGCAACAGGACGUCAAACUAGACAGAUUAAAACUGCCGGUGAUGAAGAUCAAGAUGAUGGAUUACGAGAGGUAUCAUCACGACAAAGAUAUGUUGAAGAAGGCCGCGAUCACAUGGAUUGCGGAUCCACUCGAUCUUGACGCCACCACCGACCUAGAAUCCUUGAGGAAGAUCCUGGCGAAAGAUCACAACAUGGACACUUGUUGCUUCCUCGACUCGUGUACCGCCGAGCGAUUCUUCAGGAUUGACAGAGCUCAGGAGCAACUCCAUUACGUAACCGACGUGGCUGUCGAAGCGGUGUAUGUUCUCGAAGAGAAUGCGACCAAUCAAACGAGCGAAUCCGAUGGGACAAAGAUGUCUGCGAGGCAAGAACCGGAAACCGCUCAACCCUCGCCAAGCGAAGAACGACCAAAGUCAAACGCAGCCAUGACAAAAGAGAAGCCUGACGAAGUGCCAAUGGCGCAGCCAGUUACGGAAUCGCAGAACGCGGCGCCUGAAACACCACCGAAAACACAGGACGAGGCUCAAAAUUCUGCGAAACCUUCUGAAUCGAUGAGCCGAGAAACGCCAAAGGACGAACCUCCGACUGUGAAAAAGGAGGAGAGGUUGCCUGAAGACGCGACCAAGCAGAGCAGUUCCUCAAAAUCGAUCUCUGCGACGAUUGUCACACAGUCGCAGCAUCAAACAACACCCACUUUCAUUAGCCCACGAGAUAGACUUUUCGGCCUGAGUUCUGAGGUGCAUACGUUUAAUACCGGAUUACUAGAGAAAGCCAGUGAUGGUAUUUUGAAAGCAGCGAAAAUCGGCGAUCUACAGGCUUUGAAAGAACUUCACGAGAAGGGCUACUCCCUUUUGUCCAUCGAUUCCUCUGGACAAACUGCUCUUCAUCUAGCAUCGAGAUAUGGUCACAAAGAUAUUGUCAGAUAUCUCAUCGCUUGCGCACCAUCGACUAUCCUCAAUAUGAUCGACAAUGACAAAGGUCAGACCGCUUUGCACAAAGCGGCUCAAUAUAAGCGUCGUUCAAUUUGCUGCAUGUUAGUGGCUGGCGGUGCUACUUUAAUCAUCAAGGAUCGACACGGCAACACACCUCGCGAUCUAGCUCUGCAAGCGGAGGACCGUGACCUCGCAGCGUAUUUAUGCAGUCAAGAGCAGUUCCAGCUGACAACAGAAGAAAUGGAGAACGCCCUCUGACCUCCGGCCGUGAUUGGUAGAGCCUGAACUGAUCCCUAGUAAAAGAUCUCGCUCUUCAAUGGGACAUCCAGAGAAAGAACAUCCUGGGGCGAACGGACGGCCAACUCGUCGUCACCACACGACGUCAUCAAGACGAGAGACGAGCACGUUCGUUUUAACCCUCUUUCUCUUCGUGUUGCGUAAGUCGUAUGUGAUAAAUCGAUAGUUCUUUUUAUCAGACUGGCAGAAUAACGCUUCUGUCGAGUCGCGUAACUCACCGAAGGUUGAACUCACCAACCUCGAGAUCCCUUUUCACCGGCGUGUGUAAACUGAUCACACUGAUUCGCGCUGAUGAAUCGCGCGUUAUAAAGAUUAGAGAAAAUUUUUUCGAUCGAUUAAGAAACCUCUACAAUAAUAAUAAUACACGCGUAACAUAUUUUUAAUUUUUAUUAUAUCGUACUCUCUCGUACGAUCGAGCAGAGGAAGCUUGCCUCCCCUCGUCUCACGGGGAAAACCAUUCGCGCGCCGAUCGUUCGCGAAUUCUUCUCGAAGAACAGGUCGCGCGAUGGGACGAAACGAGAAGAUCGGGAGAUCUUUUUGCUCAUUCUGCAAACUGUUAAUAACGUAUCGGCGAGUUUUACGGGGCCAGACCCCCGGGGGGAGGGAAUGAAACCGAAUUAGUGAGAGACUAGGAUCAAAAGAGAGUCAUGAUGAACGAGGAAAUUGAAUCUAGUAGCUGAUAUAUAUAUAUAUAUAUCGUAAAGACUAAUCUUCACUUUAUCAUUCGCAUUCGUUUGUAUGAUUUUUUAUUUUAUAUUUUUCUACGUUCCAUUUUAACUAGGUAGUUACGAGUUGGCUGAGUACGAAAUAAACGCUGUCCCCUUAUCGAUUCUAGCGCCUGUCGUUAUCACGUAGACGUGAUAUUUACAUUUAUCGCGCGACUCGGCGCGUCUCUAAUUCGCCUACGUUCGAUUAAAGCGGAGCGCGCGGAAAACUUUUUAACGAUUUGAGCGUUCACGCAGAGUUCGGACGCAAUUCUUUCCGUUCCCGAAUUGAAGUUAGAGUCGUUCGAAGUUAGUUCGUUUGAUCAUCGGCGAGCCGUAUAAGCUGCGUUUGCGUUGGACAACUUGCAGGACAAGUUGUUUCGUUCGAUUAAAAAGUUCACAUCAUUAUCCGAGAGUUUGGCUGUUCGACCAUGGCCAGUACGUGUAUCGUAGAGAAGAAGUAAUCGUUCGAUAGAGAAUAUUGUUGAUGAGAUUAGGCAAAGGCAAAUCGAUUGUCGAUUCCUUAGUGCGAUUUUGAUCACUUCGCUGAUUUGUCGUUUGACGAACGAGCCUAUAAUAUUCCAGCUGCGUUUGCAUUACAAUUACAAUUGAAACGAUCAGGUUCGUUCUUGAUCGAGCGAUUGAAAGUUGUUUGAUGCUAAAAUUUGGUAUUUAUAGUGAUUGUGAACAGCUUGAGGUCGACUCGGUUCCCCGAAAAAUUGUUUAAUGUAAACGCAGCUUUACAUGGGCACUGUUGGUCGAAACGAGCAGGUCGUUUCGACUUGGACGGCACUGCGUUUACACAGGCGAUUUUGAAUAAUUGAAAGUGGAUCGAUCGGGCCAGGUUGCACAGAAACCUGCCGUGCCUCGAAAUGACAAAAAAAAAAAAAAAAAGUUGAUUAAACGCUAUAUGAGUUCAAUAAUCGUACAAUUUUUAUUACUUAAAAAUUAUUAUUCUUACAGUUCUUGUUGUUCCAUCAAACCAUAGUUUCAUUUCUACAACUUUUUUUAGACUGUUCUACACUCACUAUACUACUUAUUGUUCGACAAAUCAUUAAAAAAUACUCGAUAGAGGUAAGACGCCUUUUUUCAAAAUAAUAAUCUUCAAGCUAAAUUUAUUCAAUUUCGGGCAGCUUCCUGUGUAACUUGGCCCAAUUAGUCGUUUCGACGGGAACACGUCUAACGUGAGCGUAGCUUUAGAACCGUCGAUUCACGUUUUACGAAGUUUCCUUUGUACGUUUCUCUCUUCUGUUGUUUUUCUGAUUCGAUCGUUCGAACUGGACGUGAUUCGAGGGAGCAGAACGCGAUCGCCGAGAUCACUCGUCGUUACGAUUAUCUCGAAUGAAUUUUUCGCCAAGGCGAAAUGAAAUUUUCUAUCCGACUCUGCUGAUGUCCGAGCGUCCACAUUUUCGAAAACCAAUUCUUGUUGAAUUGUUCUCUUCGCUUGUUCUAGGAUACACAUAUCUUUUUCUAUAAGGAGAAGAAAAAAGAAGAGAGAGAGAGAGAGAGAGAGAGAGAAAAGAAACGAAUCUCGCGUUAGUAUAAUAUAUUAUACAUAUACAUAUAUUUUCUACACACAUUAAAAGAUAUACCGAUAUAAAAUAUUUAUCGCCCUUAAGAUAUAUAACAGACGUUUCUUCGCGAUGCUGGGCUCUUUUUUCCUCUUGUUCGUGAACAUUCGUCGAACUUCUUCGCACUGCUGGACACACAUACACACACGCGGAACGUAUGCACACGUACGCGUAUGUACUAUG